CAGGAGGCUGAAAAGUGUGUGAUGACUGUGGCCCCUUUCCCUGACUCCUAUCUAAACAUGGAGAAAUAAAGGAGGGAAAGGGAGAAUACACCAAGUGAGCCUCUCUCUCUCUCUGUCUCUCUGCACAGCAACAGAGGAAGGGGAAGAGAAAAGUGCAAGGUGCAGGGAGUGGAGGUGGUAGCAUUUCUUUAUCUGGUUGUGUUGCUUCUCCGCUCUGCACUCAGCAGGUUGAAGGCAGUGGUGGGACGGCUGCCAGACACACCCAGUCCAGGCAGUAAAACGAUCCCUGCUCUGCCCCCAAGCUCUUUCUAACGGAUAAAAGGAGAGGAAGUGCUACUCUGAAGGUUCAGAGGAACUCUUCUCUCUUUAACUCCACUGAGCCUCACUUACUCUUGCUUCCCAUCUAUAUUCUCCCCCCCUGCAAAUAAUAAAAGCCCUGCUUGAAGAGCCAUGUCACAGUUUGGUUACAGCUCUCGCUCAGCAGCUGGGCCCAGUGGCUUCAACCAGGUCAGAGUCAGCUCCGUCUCGUCGUCUCGUGGAGUCGGAGGGGGCAGCAGCUUUAGGAGGCCGGGUGGCUUUGGCAGCUCCAGUCUCUACAAUUUGGGCUCUGGCAACAGGAGGAUUGCCCCGGGUGGUGGAGGCAGCUCUUUCAGUGUCCAGUCUUCAUAUGGAUAUGGCGGUGGCCUUGGCGCUGGCAGGUAUGGUGGAGGGUUUGGCGGUGGGCUUCCAUCGCCAGGCAUUCAAGAGGUCACCAUCAACCAGAGCCUCUUGAGCCCCCUCAAUCUGGAAAUCGACCCCACCAUCCAGAAGGUACGCAAGGAAGAGAAGGAACAGAUCAAGACCCUCAACAACAAAUUUGCAUCCUUCAUUGAUAAGGUCCGAUUCCUUGAGCAGCAAAACAAGAUGCUGGAGACCAAAUGGAGCCUCCUGCAGGAGCAGAAGACCACACGGAGCAACAUUGCACCCUUCUUUGAGACUUACAUCAACAACCUGCGGAGGCAGCUAGAUGGCCUUCUGAAUGACAAGGGACGCUUGGAGGGAGAGCUGAAGAACAUGCAGGAUCUUGUUGAGGAUUUCAAGAACAAAUAUGAAGAUGAAAUCAACAAGCGCACAACGGCAGAAAAUGACUUUGUUGUGCUCAAGAAGGACGUUGAUGCCUCCUACAUGAAUAAGGUGGAGCUAGAGGCCAGGGUAGAUGGACUGACGGAUGAGAUAAACUUCCUGAGAGCGCUCUAUGAAGCUGAACUGAGUGAGCUGCAGAACCAGGUCUCCGAUACUUCUGUGGUCCUUCAAAUGGACAAUAACCGAAACCUGGACUUGGACAGCAUCAUUGCUGAAGUCAAAGCUCAAUAUGAGGAGAUUGCCAAUAAGAGCAGGAUUGAAGCGGAAAGUUGGUAUCAAAGCAAGUAUGAGGCCCUGCAAGUCAGCGCUGGGAAGCAUGGAGAUGACCUGCGGAGCACAAAGAAUGAGAUUGCUGAGAUUAACCGCACAAUCCAGAGGCUGCAGGCUGAGAUUGAUAAUGUGAAAAAUCAGCGUGCCAAGUUGGAAGUGGCCAUUGCCGAGGCAGAGGAACGUGGGGAGCUGGCUGUCAAAGAUGCCAAGGGAAAACUAGAUGAGCUGGAGGCUGCUCUCAACAAAGCCAAGCAAGAGAUGGCCCGCCAGCUACGAGAGUACCAGGAGUUGAUGAACGUCAAGCUGGCCCUGGAUAUUGAGAUCGCCACCUACAGGAAGCUGCUGGAAGGGGAGGAGAGCCGGCUGGCUGGUGAUGGAGCUGGUUCUGUGAGCAUGACUGUGCUCAACUCCAGUUCUGGUGGAGCAUAUGGCAGCGGAGGUGGUUUCGGCUACGGAGGAGGAAUCAGCUUUGGAAGUGGCAUGGGCAGCGGUGGAGGCCUCAGCUUUUCCCCUGGAGGUGGCUCGAGCGGCGUGAAAUCGGCAUACAGUAUGACAACAAGCACAUCCAGAAGAAGUGUCAGAAACUAAGCCCAGAAAACCAAGAUCAUCACUGCCUGAACACAUCUCUAUUUCUUCCCCUCUUUCCCUCACAACAGAGAAAGCAAAAAAGUGGGGUAGAUCAUUAUUUCCCAACAACCAAACCUGCUACAAAAUCCAGCCGUAAUGAAUGAAAUGAUGAUGCUAUAUUCUGCAAAGACAUUAUGCCUCCUCCCUCAUAUACAGCCUAAGUCAGGGGUGGGGAAUCAAAUUUGGCCUGGCAGGCUGCCUCCAUCUGCCCAACAUCUGACAUCAUAUGUGAUGUCAAGUGUGAGGCACAUAGAGAUGCAGCUCAAUCAGCUGCUCAUGCAGCCAAUCCCUGCAGGAAACAGGAUUGAACUCCCCUGCAUCAGCUGAUGCACAGGGAGUUCAAUCCUGCUUGGCUACUGUCUUUCCCCUACCACCAUGGACCAACUUUGACAGUGGGACUGCCUGCUUGUCAAUCACCUGUGGCAUUAUUAUGUCAGCUGAUGCGGGCCCACUUACCUGUCCAAGUUGCCCUAUGGUGGCGGUGAGGAUAAAGGUCUGGCCCACCAGGCCAAAAUGUUUCCCCACCCCUGGCUUCAGUCCAGGGAUUUACAUGGCCCUCUAGAUGUUGUGGACUGUAACUCCCAUCAGCCCCAGCAAGUGUGGCCAGUGGUUAGGGACGAUGGGAAUUGUAGUCUGACAACAUCUGGAGGGUUCCCCAUCCCCACACUUAUCGUAUAAGUAUAUCUAUGGUGUGCUGGUGGUGGUGUGGGGAAAGAUUCCCUGGUCCUGGCCUAAACAUGUGGUGCUGCUCCCAUUGAGAUCAAAGGGAGUUCUGCUGUUUAUUUAACUGACAGCGAGGUUCAACUGGAAAACAAAAUUCUAAACUAUCCAGGCAGUUUUUAUGUUGUCUCUUUUUGAUGCAGAAAUUGAUUGCCCACUCCCAAUUUUCCUGGAAGGAAAAAAAUGGUGAAAGGCAAAAAAAGAAAAGAAAAAUGAAAUCAGAGCAAACUUCUACUCAGAAUGGUCUUCUGAUGCCUUUACCUCCUAUUCUGCACUGUAGCGAUGUACGAAAUUAAGAAGCAUGCAAUUCUCACAUGGUGCCACAUUUAUCACAUCCUGCUUUUUUGUUUGUAAUCAUGGUAUUGAACAGGCAGUACAGAACCACAGAUCCAAGGAGAAAUUUGGCAGAUGAGGAGGGUUUCAUAAGCAGCCUUAGUCAUGAUGUCACUGCAGCUCCCUACCUUCACAAAUUCUAACUGGAGUUGAUUUUUUUCUUUGCUCCUUUAGCAUAGAAGGUGGGGUCUAAAAGUAUUUAAUUCCCCCUUUGGAAUUAAUAUGAAUACACCUGAAUCUUAAAAUCCACCCAUUUAAUACUCUGAAAUUUCUCCAGCUCCUGCUAGAUGUUAGGAGGAGGAAGGGACCCAGUCUCAACACAUUCUCAGUUACAAUUCACAUUCUGCUUUGAACUCUGCGGUUUCUGAAGCUAACUCUUGCCAUCCUAUUCUGCCCCAAGGGUCACUUUCAGAUGGAAUAAACCCACUGAAACAGCUAACCCUAGACAGCACCAUUGUUUCAUUAUGCAUGAUGUGAAUGACUUGGAGUGAAUGACUGACAGCUGACACUAUGACCAGCUACACUGUUCUGUAUCUAUAUCACAUCAGAAGUGCUUCUCUGUCAUGUAGCAAUGAAUGUAGGUACCUGGAUUUGUGAGAUGGAAUGAACAUUAAUUCUCUCUUUUUUAUCUUUUUUAAAUAAAGUUUACUCAUUGCCCCCA